AUGUCCAAGGUUCCACCUCCGGCUGGGGCUCUUCCAGGCCCGGGGGCCUCGACCGCCGCCCGCUCGGCUUCGGCUUCGGGAACCGAGAAAGCCGCGACCUCGCCCUCCACAACAGCAACACCUGCUACCGCUUCGGCGCCACGCCCAAAGGUGCGCAGUUGUGCCGUCUGUAGGACCCGCAAGGUCCGUUGCGACAAGCAGUCGCCGUGCUCCAACUGCCGUCGGGCCAACAUCCCGUGUGUCGUCCCAUCCGCCGACCGUCCUCCGCGGUGGGCUCGGCGUCUUGAGCGCAUCACCGCCUCGGCAGCUGCUAGUGCAGCUGCCGACUCAACACCCGCCCCGGAUGUCGACCCGGGCGUUAGCCAAGUCAUGGAGAGACUACGGAGUCUCGAGAGCCUUGUCAAGGACCUCAGCGGACAGCUGGAGCAGGCUCAAGCCGCAGCACUCUCAACCGGCAGCUCGCCUCGGAUAGACAUCGAUUCUCCUGGUAGCUCGACCCACGGCCGUGAUGCAGACCAUCGAGCAGAACAGCCCUCUACUACAAGUGCUGGCAAUGUUCAACAGCAAUUUGGGAGGUUGGUGCUCAACGAUGCAAGCAAGAGUCGUUAUGUGAGCAGCGGUUUUUGGUCACGCGUCAACGACGAGCUCGAUGCAUUAAAGAAAGACACGCGAGGUCUUGCCGGCACUGAUUCCGAUUCCGAUACAUCAGAUGAUGAGGCAAGCCCGGGGAAAUAUUCGUCUACCCAAGAGUUGGAACGGACGCCUUCGGAACGCCAUGCUUUCUUGUUUCGUCACAACCUCAACCCUUCGGGCUCGGACCUCCGUCAGUUCCAACCUCUUCCCUCUCAGGUGCCCUUUCUUCUGGACGUGUUUUCCGAGAACAUCAACACCCUCCUUCAGAUUGUUCAUAUGCCCACUGUGAAUCAGAUGGCCCGCAGUUCACGCGCCGGCAGUGCGAACAGCCUCACGCCUGUUAGCGAGGCGUUGAUGUUUUCCAUCUAUUAUGCAGCGGUAACAUCAAUGGAGGAGGACGACGUAGCGAUGAAUUUUGGUGCUACCAAGACCGAUCUCAACCUCAAAUAUCGGCUUGGACUCGAAUAUGCCCUCGCCAAGGCAGAUUUCCUCAACGUCCCUGAUAUAGUACUGGUACAGGCGUUUGCCAUCUUCCUCUUUCUCGUUCGCCUCCACGACAGCCCGAGAUUCGGUUGGAUGAUGACGGGGCUGGUAAUCCGUAUGGCGCAAGCCUUGGGGAUGCACCGCGACGGAAGCCAUUUCGGCCACCUCACCCCAUUCGAGGUUGAGAUGCGCAGACGGGUCUGGUGGGCACUGUGCGCACUCGAUAUGAGAGCGUCAGACGACCAGGGGUCCGACAUCACCAUCAGCAGCAACAGCUUCGACACCAGGCUACCCCUGAACAUCAACGACGCAGACUUUGGGCCUGAUACCAAAGAAAUGCCCCCACCACGCGAAGGCUUUACAGAUGCCACGGUUGCUAUUGUUUCCUCUGAGAUUUGUGCCAUCACGAGGCGGAUGACGGUUGCCAUGCCCAAGGGCGGACCCCAGGGCCUUGAACAGCAAACCCGCCUCCUGAACGAGAUGUACGAGGUACCGGAGCGGAACAAUCUUGAAUUUCCCGAAGGUCGAAAGAUGAUGCAUUGGGUUUUGGUCCGGGUGGUGCGUGUCACGGCCGCGAAAAUGACGCUCAUCACCCAUCUUCCUGUCCUGUUUGCAACGCCCAGUGAGCACUUCUCGGAUGAGAUUCGAGACAAACUGCUCGUGUCGGCAAUUGAGGUGGCCGAGAACAACCACGUGCUGCACGCCGAGCCAGCUUGUCGUCCAUGGCGUUGGAUCUUCCAGACGUACACCCAAUGGCACGCGAUUGUCUAUAUCCUGAUUGAGAUAUCCCAGCGCCCAUGGUCGCCCACCAUCGAACGAGCCUAUCUGGGACUGCAAAGCCCCUGGUUGAUUCCAGCUCAAUCCAACAUGGAUAAGAACUUACGUAUCUGGUUUCCGCUGCGAAAGCUGGUAGCCAAGGCGCGGAGGCAUCGUGCUGCUGAGCUCGAGAGGCUACGUGGUAAUGCGUGGGCUGCUCAACAGCUCGAGGCUGAAGACGGUAAACUCCCUGUGCCGUUGAGCGACGGCCCACUCUCCGCUGAGCAGAAUGUCGAGUAUUUCCGCGAGAGAUGGCGCAUGCUCAUAGCCGAAUCGGGGGAUGAAGCUCACAUACCAGUGCUACCAAGCACAGAGGCGGCUGCCUCACUCACCGCACCACCGGUGGCCACUGAAGGCCAGCAUCAACUCGGGCAAUAUGGCUCGGAUAGCAGCACAAACUUCCAGCCUGCCCAUAUCUCUACGGGUCAGGGCUCAGCAAACCCCAUGACCAACAUGGAAUCUGCUAUACCUUGGAAGUCCCACGGCACGAUGCCUGCAGGUCAGGCCGUGGGCGCCCAGCCAACAUACAAUGCUUUCCCAUCGAAUCCUAUAGACUGGGCUCGUGGCCCAUCCGGCGGUGGCGGGAUCGGAACUUGGUUAUGGGCUGAUGCUGACAGCAAUGUCGAUAUCUUCGGCAAUCUAGAUGUCGACGCGAAUGAUCUAAAUAUGGACUUUGGUGGAGAGGUGGACUGGAAUGGUUGGGUCGAGUCGGCCAAGGGCAUGGAGUGGGAUGUAGGAACGGGCAAUGGGGGACUCAACUAG